AUGCAGGUAGACGGAGAAGACGCCACGCUGGUGAACCCCAAGCUGGACAAAGGCAGUGGCUCAAGUUCAUUGUGUCCCAGCUUUGGAUUCAAUCCAGCUACCCCAGUGGACUGUUAUAGGACUCCCAGAUCUUCCAGAAUCCAACGCUGUCCUAGAACAUCUUUUGGGGGGGGUGGGGGGGGGGGGGUCAGCCAAGCAGAUAAACCUGACUUGCCAUUCACCACCUAUUAUGAGCUCCCAAAGCUCCAGCCUGAGACCCGAGAAGUGGUCUCACCUGCUGAUCUCCAACCAGAGGUCAACGUGGCAACCUCCUCCUCAGAGCUCCAAUCUGAGAUCCAUGAGGUGGUCUCACCUGCAGAGCUGCAGCCAGAGGUCAACGUGGCGACCUCAUCUCCAGGGAUCCAACCUGAGACACACGAGGUAGUCUCAUCUGCAGAGCUCCACCAUGAGACCCACGAGGCAGUCUCAUCUCCAGAGCUCCAGCAUAAAGUCAAGUUCCUGCUAGAGGUCAAUGAGGUGACCUCCCAAGCCAAGUUCAUGUCCAAGGUCAAAGAGACAACCUCUCAAGCCAAGUUCCUGUCCGAGGUUGAAAAGAGGGCUUCUCAAGCCAAGUUUCUGUCUGAGGUCGAAGAGAGGGCCUAACAAGACACUUUCCUGUCUGAGGUCGAUGCAGUGACCUCCCACGCCAAGUUCCUGUCCGAGGUCAAUGAGGUGACUUCCUGCGCCAAGUUCCAGCUAAAGGUCAACGAGGUGACCUCCCAAGAAAGUUUCCAAUCUGAGAUCAACGAUGUGACCACCCACGCCAAGUUCCAGCUAAAGGUCAACGAGGUGACAUCCCACGCCAAGUUCCAGUCUUAGCUCGACCAGGUGACCUUCCACACCAAGUUAAAGUUCCAAUCUGAGAUCGACGAGGUGACUUUCCAUGCCAAGUUCCAGUCUGAGGACGACAAUGUGACCUUCCACUCCAAGUUCCAGUCUGAGAUCGACGAUGUGACCUUCCAUGCCAAAUUCCAGUCUGAGAUUGACGAGGCGACCACCCACACCAAGUUCCAGUCCAAGGUCGCUGACACGGACAACCAAGUUAUGCUCACGCCUGAGUCUGUUGACAAGACCAACCAAGUUCUCCUCAUCCCUGAAACCGACGUCAUGACCAACCAGGUUCUGUUCACUCCUGAAACCAACUUCACAACCGACCAGGUUCUGCUCAUCCCUGAAACCGACGUCAUGACUGACUAGGUUCUGCCCAUGCCUGAAACUGAUGUCAUGACCGACCAGGUUCUGCUCACUCCUGAAACCAACGUCACAACUGACCAGGUUCUCCUCGCGCCUAAAACUGACGUCAUGACCGACCAUGUUCUGCUCACACCUGAAGCCGAUGUCACGACUGAGCAGUUUCUGCUCAUGCCUGAAGCCAAAACAUCCAAAAUAUCACCAAAUGAAAGAUUUGUCAUUUUAGGGAUGAAUUUGUUAAAAUGUGUAAAUUGGUACACUCACUCACACUGCAAGAACAGUAUUCACACAAUGUUUUACAAAGUGAGGGUUUAGAGAUCUUCACAUGAAUGUCCAGGAAUUUGUGCAUUUGCUGGAACUGGUCUCUCCCCACAUGAACACGACAAACACACACUUGAGAAGAGCAAUCACUGCCAGGGAGAGGCUCUCUGUGACACUUAGAUUGUUGGCCACAGGCAAGAAAUGGUUAUUUUCAAGUACAUACUGUUAUGUAUGGAAAUGAAAUGAAAGGUAAAUUGAUGUAUUUUUUGUAAUCGCCAAGGGAAUCAUUUUCUUCCCUGAGUUUCCAGUACAUAAUGGGAAGAAACACUGUUUCAUGCAUUAUUCAAGAGACGUGCAAGGUGUUCUACCAAGUGCUGAAGGACAAGUGCAUAAAGACUCCAGUGACAGAAAUAGAGUGGAGAGAGGUGGGUAAAGGAUUCCAGGAAAGGUGGCAAUUUCCACAUUGUUGUGGGGCAGUUGAUGGAAAACAUAACCAUCCUCCACUCAGGGAACAGCGGGAGCACUUUUAGAAACUACAAGUCCCGUUUUUCUGUCUUGCUGAUGGCAGUUGCUGAUUCGCAGUACAGAUUUUUGUCUGCUAAUGUUGGCACUCAGGGUAGAGUGUAUGAUGGGGGCCUCUUUGUCCACUCUGAUCUUUGAGAGGCAAUGGACGAAAAAGUUUGAAAUGUUCCUCUGGCCGAACCAUUGCCAGGCACAGAUUGAGAUGUUUGUUGCGGAUGAGGCUUACUCUCUCUGUACAGACUCAAUGAAGCCAUACCCUUCUAGGCACCUUGCUCAUGGCCAGCUUAUUUACAACUACAGGUUUUCACGAGCAAUACGUAUAAUUGAAAAUGCCUUUGGAAUACUGGCUAAUUGAUGGCGAGUAUUCCUCUCUUCCAUCCACCUGGAUCCAGUGGCAGUGUCAAAGAUAACCCUGGCUGCUCUAGCCCUUCAGAAUUUUGCAAUCCAUAAAGCACAACCAGCCAAAAUGACUGAAUAUAGAGUUGCAUGCAGUUUUUAAUUUUGUCAGUAACUUUAAAUGUUUGGGGUUUUUUUUUUUUUUUAUCUAGAGGAUAACAGUUAACAGUUGCUAUUUAUAAAAUGGUCAGAGCUCAAUUUUAUGUAUAUUUCUAUGGUUUUACUGCUACUGUAAAUCUGCUACUCUAAAUGAUG